ACGAUAUAUGAUGAUUCCUCUGAUAGUGAUUGGCUGCAAGCUCUUAUAUCAUUUCUGGAAUUUGGAAACUCAUCUCUUGGAUAAUAUUAGAAGCCAACGGGAUGUGGCUCGUCAGGAUAUUAUCCUUGAAUUAAUGAUUCUCUUUUGCUGAGGAGUAGCUGUUUGUUUAAUGAUGAGAUCAACAAGUAUGAAUGAAAAUGAAUCAUGAGAAAUGAAAAGUGACCAACAUAAGGGUUCUGAGAUUAAUAAUCAAGAAAAUAAACUCGUUGAGGAAAAGAAAGAAGAAAUUUCUCAAGGCUCAGAGUCUUCAAACUCUUCUUCUGAGAAACCUUCAUCAAACGAAUUCCCAAAUUCAUCCUCCAAAGAAGAGAACAAAGUUGGUGAAUCUUCAGAUAAAAGUUCAGAUUCUAGAACCUCUAGCACUUCUCCAACCCCAAACCUUGAAGAAGAAAAGAAAUUACAAAGCAUACCAAGCAGGUCCACUCCUAAAGACAUUCACCACUCCAAAAAUAACCUUAUUCCCUUAAACUCCAAAUCCCUACAGUCAAAAACUUCUUUCAUUCCCCAAGACCCAAACAAUUUCUCAAUCUCUAAAACUCUCCCAAAACCCACCUCAAAACCCCACCAAGAGCAACGCCUUCCAAGAAAACCCUAGAAUUCCUUCAGAAAAAAUGUCCAAAGGUAAAGAAAAGAAGAGAGAUAAAAAAAUGAAUUCAAA